AAAUUUUAUUGGAUAUAGACGUAUUAUAUAUUUACAAGGGUCACCUUCGACAUCAUUUUAAAUAAUAUAUCUUACAUAUGUUAUAACAGAUCACGUUCUAUUUCAUAAUACGCGAGUUUUGUAUAAAUUGAAGAAAAUUGUAUUUUCGUUUUCGGUAAAAAGAAAAAGUGAAAAAAAAAGAAAUCGUCAAGAGAUGGAUGCCGAUAGGAAAGCUAUGAUAUAUAAAAUACAACAACAAAAUCUUCGAAAUUAUCAAGUUCCUUUGAUAAAAACUGAAAACCCGUUACCAAUUGACGAAUCAAUGGAACAACCAACUGACUUAUCCAAUUCGUCUAAUCAAGAUACUUCAGAGGACACAACUUCGGAACAUUCGAUAUUAGAUUUGUCAUGCAAGAAAACAUUUGUUUCACCUACGUCCAGUAAAAGUGAUAAUUCUAACGCGAUUCAAAGGAUCAAGGAGGAUUUACCUACGGUACGAGAGGAAAACGUUACAACUCGUAAAAGAAAAUAUAAUAAUAGUCCUUUAGAAAGGCAAUAUAGUAUGUUCACUCCACCGUCAGAAUCCCAGUCACCUAAUAUAAACGAAUACGAAGGAAGACCUGUGAACCUUUUUCCGAUUAACAAUAAUAACAUCGAAAAAUUACCAUCUCAUUUGCCAAUUAACGUCCCGAUUCCGAUUCCGGCAAUACCAAGUAUAUUACCUACUUUGCUCACGUCAAAUUCAUUGGAAAAAAAUAUAGAAAAAGUUAUUAACACGAACAUUCAAUUGCCCACUAUAACAACAGCAACAGUGACACCAACUAAUUUAUAUCCUGUCGAAAGUCCGAGGAAAAUGCCUAGACCGUUUAAAGCUUAUCCUAUAACUAUUCCGACUAAUCAAUCGGAUUUGAUCUAUACACAAAAUAAUGAUGAAGAGUAUCAAGAAUUUCGAGAAAAGAUGCUCAUGAGCGUUAAACGUCAAAACGAAUCGUCUAAUCCUAAAAUGCGAAGAACCAACAAAACUUCAUCUCCGGCAGUGCCGACCAGUACCGUAGAUGAAAAGGAUGCUACUUAUUGGGAAAGGAGGAAAAAGAAUAAUGAAGCUGCUAAACGAUCGAGAGAUGCUAGAAGAGCGAAAGAAGAUGAAAUUGCAAUAAGAGCCGCAUAUCUUGAACAAGAAAAUUUGAAGCUCAAAUAUGAACUGGCGGCGCUCAGAAAUGAAACCGCUAAACUGAAAUGUAUGAUAUACUCGACGACUUAGAUAUUUCAAUUUUCAUUUGUGAACAAAUUUAAUAUUCACGUAAUGUUAUUCCUCCGUUUAAAGGAAUAAUCAUUCUGUACAGUAGUUUAAUAAGAAGAAUAUCUUCAGGAAGAUAUAGGGGUUAAAAGAGAUAUUUGUUCGUUCGUUCGAUCGUUCAUUACAUCUAUCUAUCCCCAUCUUUGACUUUUUCUAAUUGUAAAUCCAGAAAGUUAAAUCAUU